AUGCGAGCACGCACAUGUCCACCCUUACUCAACGCAAUUUGUACAGUUGCAGCCAGACACCUGAGCCGAAUCAAAAAGUACUACGUCGGCAAUCAGGUGGUAUAUGGAGGGAAACCUCUCCCCAAACUAAACCCUGCCACGGCCAUUGAAUACCACAACCGAUGUAUAUCACAUUUCGUCUCUAUAUCCGAUCACCCACGGGAAGCCCAAGAUGAGAACCUCCUUGCAGCAGCAGUGAUCUUACGAUUCUACGAAGAAGUGGACAUUCCCUCAAUGGGCGAAGACACCGAAUCAGCCCUCCGCGGAAUCCAAAUUUUCCUCGACGCCCAAGCAAUCCCAGCAGUAUCAGGAACAGGCCUCCGCCAUGCCGCCUACUGGAUAGCCCUCCGACAAGAAAUAAUCACCUGUUUCUCGAAACAACGGCCCUUCCGCCUCCCCCUCGGACCCUGCGAUCCAUACCGCAGCUUCGAACCAGCAGACGACUACGUCUGGGCCGACAGACUAGUAAUCCACUGCGCAGACGUCCUCCAGUUCUGCUUCGGCUCCGAAGAAGUAGAACCCAACUCCCCAACCUCCUUCCACUACCACCCACCCUUCAACAAUACCCCCAGCCACCGCAGUCCCUCAACAACAGAAACAGAAACCCGCCUCGCCCACUACGACACCCUAGUAGCAUUUUCAACCCUCUGGAAAACCCUCGGCCCCCAAUCCUUCGAACCAAUCUACACCCGCGCUGCAGACCCAGCAACCGGCAAAAUCUUCCCAGAACUCUGGUAUCUGAAUAACUGCCACGUCGCCGGGCUCCAACAUCUAGAACUAGCGCAGAUCCUACUAGCGGUAUACAACCCACGCCUGCCACGGCUAGGGCUAGGCCAGCGCACAGCAAUGAGAUCAGUUGAUGAAGAGAUCCGCGCGAUUGUGCUUAGGCUUUGUGGAAUUGCCUUGUCUAAUUUACAUAGUCCGCCCGGCCUUGUCACUGCUAGUGUUGCUAUUGGGAUGUGUGGAGAUCGCUUUUCAAAGAAAGAGGAGCAGGUUGCGCUGCUUGGGGUUCUUGUUAUGCUUGAGGAUGAUUAUGGGUAUCGUACGUCUAGUAUGAGGGAGCAGCUGGGGUUGGCUUGGGGGUGGGAGGGGGAUGGGAUGGAGAUGGAGGUCGGAUUGUGA